AUGAUUUGGCGAAGCAUCUGGGUCAUCAUCUUACCCAGCAUAAUGUGGUGUAGUGUCGCAGUGACUGGUGUGUGCUCGAUCUACGAAUUUUGGCAUGCAUCUAUCAUAUCCGGAAAUGUCUUCGGCCUGCUGGUGAUUCACAAUUGGAUCUCGGUGUUCUAUGCCUUGACGCUUGCGACUAAUUUGCUGAGUUCGGGAUUACUGGCGUACCGCAUCUGGAAAAUCGAACAUAAUGUUACUAGCAGUCGCACUACGAAGAUCACCACGACGAGUAUACUACGCGUGGUUAUGGAUGCUGCUAUUUUAUAUUCUAUAGCGCUCCUCUGCACAUUAAUCGGUGUGGUCUGCUCGAACAAUGGAUCGCUCGUUAUGAUAGACAUGCUUACGUCGAUCAUCUCUAUCACAUUCUAUAUGGUGAUCAUUCGCAUUGCGAUGGGUAAAAGUACUCACAGUCACAUUUUGACUGUCCAUCACAGGUCGGGCAGUGACAUUGGAGUGGCUGCUCCAGCCAAUGUGCAAGCCUGCUGUGUCCUGGUGGAAUGGAUGAUGAUCGACUACGACAACCGCCUGUGA